AUGACUCCUAGAACAGCACAUCGAUUUAUAACUAUGAGCACUCUUUUAAUUGCCAUACUUUACUGGCGGUUUUUGCCACCAACCAAGUCAAACAGUCCAGACGGCAAUCUCAUUGCAGCGUUAGAUGUCUUUAUAAAGCACACAAGUGGAUUUGAAACAGCUGCAAAUAUAAUUGAAAAUAAUCCUGCGUUUGCAUCUUAUGGUAAGCAAAUUGCCAAUGGACUUCGACAGUAUAGAGGAAAAAUUACGCCUGCUGGUAACAGUCUCAAAGAAAUGCAUCGGAAAGGGUCCUACCUUUUUGGAACUUUUAAGACGGAAAUCGAAACACUUGUUAACAUAUCUGAUUUCCAGUUUGUCGAUAUAUCCAGUUUUUUUAAAAAAAGGAUUGAGAAAAUGUUUAAAAUAGUCAAAGAGCUUCGUACACAUAUACAGAAAGCAAAGGACGCAAUGCUGAACGUGGACGAUAAGCGUGAUAAUCUUGAAAAAGAUAUAUGGAACGGGCUGAGAGAGGCAAGAAAGCACCUGUUUAAAAGCUAUAACGAUGUGUCAAUAGUCGUCGAUAUUCCUCAAAAUUCAGGCGAACUUUUAGACAAAACACUUAAGGUGUUGGACGAAUAUGAGAGUGAAAGCCAGAGCGAUGUGUUAAUGGUCGUCGAUAUUUGGAAGCUUCUUCAAAAUGCAAGCAAAAUUUUAGACAAAAUACUUAAGCUGUUGAACGAAUAUGAGAAUAAUUUGGUAGAGGUUCAAGCGCAGUUAGGUCGUGGUUUGUUUACAGCUACUAAAGCAGAUUUAAACUAUUUGAUAAAACCGCUGAGAGACUUGUACAAAAGUCACAAAAAGUUUAUACAAGAAGAUAGCAAUCCGAUAAUUAUUAACUGGUUAUGGUCAGUUUGA